AUGAGGCGGCACCUGAACCGGGCCGAGGAGGCUGAAAGGAUCGGAGAGCUGCAGCAGGCGAUGCAUCAGGCGGAGCUGUGCGUCAAGCAGGCUGAAGAAGGCGGCUGGCUGGACUCCGCCGGUCGGCCCCUGAAGCUCCAGGCUUGCCAGACACUGUGGGGCAUCUACAACCAGCUCGCUGAUGCUCCGCUGGACGCUGCAAACUACGAAGAGGCCCUGAAGCUGCUCCACAAGGGCUACAACAUAGCCACUGAGUCUGAAGACAAACAGAUCCAAGGGGAGGCCACCUAUCGACUGGGAGCGGCCUAUCAGCGCGCAGGAGACCAUGACACGGCCAAAAAGUUCUUCAGCACUUGCAUGCAGAUUUACGGCACACUGCAGGAUGCAGACGGAUUGGUGAAGGCGUACAAGGCUAUGGCCAAGUCUAUGGAGAGUGGGGGACAAAUAGAUGACACUGUCCAGUGUCUGGAGAAGUUAGUCGACAUCACUCAAAGCAAUGGACUGCAACGCAACCUGGUGGACGCCUACAUGUGUCUGGGCAACAUCUACUUGAAAAUGGGUCAGUUCGAGAGAGCUUGUGAGUUCUUCCUUCAGGGUUAUGAAGUUGCCUGUAACAUAGAAGACUUGGCUCUGCUGCAGAAAGCACAGGUGUUGGUGGGCAGCGCUCGCGCUCGCUGCCUGAUCAGAAAAUACAGCGCUGACGUGAAGUCGGCCACGCCCACGGCCCUGCGACGACUGGUGGCCUGGAAAGAGACCAGAGGAUGUGAGGAGUUCAGUCCAGACUCUACAGAUCCUGCUGCUGGUACUAACUCCUUAUCAGACAAUGAUGCUGGUGAACACCAGUAAGACCAAUACAUUCUCCUUUAUUCCUAAAACACACC